CUUCUUCUCUGCCUCAUUCCCAACUGGCCUGCGGUUGUACGACGGCACCAUGAACUUCUCCAAUUCCAAGGGAGGCGCAUGGGGCCAGCAAUGGCGGUCCUCGCCCCUUUUCAUUGUCAGCGCCAUGGCCAUGGCCCUGUUCACUGACACCUUUCUCUACGCCUUCCUUGUCCCCAUCCUCCCCUACGUUCUCGAAAACCGCCUCGGAUUAGACGUAUCCCUCACCCAGCGCGUGAGUUUCUCCUUGCUGUCGGAAACCGCCAUCGCUGCUCUCGUUACAAGCCCAUUCAUUGGCCACUAUGCCGAUCGGAUGUCCUCCAAGCGAAUCUUGCUGGUCGGAUCGCUACUAGCUGCUUUGUUCGGCUCCAUAGUUCUAGCAUUGGCGACAUCAACAUUUACUCUCUUUGCGGGGCGUCUUAUUCAGGCAAUUGCUAGCUCCUUCAUCUGGGUGGUCGGAUACGCCACAAUCGCGGACAAUGUACAACCCGAACAUCUGGGCAAGACAUACGGUGUUAUUUCUCUGGUCGUAGCAGCAGGCACCUCAGGAGGCCCGAUGGUCGCGGGUAUUCUGUUCGAACUGGGCGGGUACUGGGUAGCGUGGUCUAGUGCCUUCCUCAUACUUAUCCUCGACAUUAUCCUUCGUCUGCUCAUGCUGGAAAAGCCAGACAUCCAAGGCGACGCGGAGUAUUCUAGCAAUGCGAGUGUCGCAUCGGAUCCUGAACGUGCUCCUCUCCUGAGCAGUAACCCCGCCCUCGAGGCCGACCUGGCAGGCUGGAAGUUUUAUGUAUACAUCUUGCGGUAUCGCCGCUUCCUCUGCGGCGUGAUCAGCUAUCUCUCCUUUGCUGUUCUAGUCUCCAGCUUCGACACCACACUUCCUCUUCAUGUCCGGGAUGUGUUCAGCUGGGGUAGCUUCCCUGCUGGUAUGAUGUUCUUCGCUUUGCAAGGCCCCGGGAUCCUUCUGAGUCCCAUCUGUGGCUGGUUGAAAGACCGGGUCGGGACCCGGUGGCCUACCACGGUCGGCUUUUUGCUUCUUGCGCCUGUGAUGUGGGUGAUCGGCAUGCCCGGUGACGAGCGAUUCCCGUGGGCCAAUGAGGGUGACCGAGGCAAAGUCAUCUACGCUGUCGGUGUUACAUUGGUAGGAUCCGUGUCCUGUCUGCUGAACGGGGCCGGAACAAUCGAAGCUACAGUCACAAUCGACGAAGUCGAAGCCAAACACCCCGGCAUCUUUGGCCCCAACGGAGGCUACUCUCGUGCCCUCUCAGUAGCCAGUAUGGGAUGGACGCUCGGGGCAUUCAUUGGGCCCAUCAUCUCCGGCUACAUCGCCGAACAAGUCGGAUACUACGAGAUGAGCUGCGUUAUCGCGAUUGUUUGUCUUCUCUCCGGCGUCAACACCUUCUUCAACCUAGACUCCAAAGUCCAUUUCGACCGAGUGGCGGAAUCCACCUAGACCACUAGACUUAUUCUCCGACGCGACCGUCGUGCAUACUCGUAUAUACCCGGGCGAGAGAGAAACUCCCCGAUUGACAUACACACUGACGAUACAUCCAAAAGUUUUACUCCUUGCAUAUACGAAAAGUUCAUGCAUCCUGCAUUUAGCGUUUCAGUGUUAGCACAUGAGAGAUUCGGACUCAGGGACAUAUCAUAUUAGACGCCAAGCUGUGCAUCCGUGCAUCGACGUUGUAUCUACUAUCUAGCGUUGUCUAAUUCUUGAUUGAAGUUGUCUAGACCGUACACAUUAGCACGCCGGAUACGAGACCGGUCAUCCGUGCGCGGAGACCUAUCCUCCACUCAAAGUUCUCUAUAUACCUUAGAUACUAUGCAUAGACCCCUCCCACCGGUAUAGAUGAAACCCUUAUCUGUGCAAGAUAGAUAGUACAGGUCCAACGUGAUUAGUCGUGACUCAGUC